AUGCAGUUCUCCAUCUUCACUACUGGCUUCCUUGUUGCCAUUAUGACCGGCACUGCGUUGGCAGCCCCCCCCGAACUGGACGCUAGGGGAAAGGGUAGCGGUAAUUGCUAUGACGGCGUUGAUUGCUGCUACAGCAGUAGAGCUGCGUGUGAACGACAGCAAAUCGCGGGCAUCCACACUUGGAUCAAUUGCAAUGUCAAGGGUGCAGUAACCUAUUGCUCUGACGUAGGAAUCACAUUGGCUCAAUGCGAUGCCGAUUGCUGUGCUAUUUCCACUACCUGGGGUCGCGGCUGCCCUGCCUAA